AUGCUGGACAUUCAUCAGGGAUUGCUUGUGCAAUUGAUUGAUGAUAUUGAGAAGGGAGAAGAAAAAGGUGCAGAUGAUAAUAAAGUGAACGGAUUAUUGGAAAAGAAAUGGACGUCGGUGCUGCGAUUGCAGAAGAAGGUACUGGAUUUAGAAUCGAAAUUGCAAGAAGCCGAAAAAGAAUAUAUUCGUGGUGCACCGACCAGAGACAAACGACAUCCAGGCGAAUGGAUUCCGCGACCACCCGAAAAGUUCUCUUUAACAGGACAUCGAUCGCCGAUUACACGAGUUAUAUUUCAUCCGGUUUAUAGUAUUAUCGCAUCAUCAAGUGAAGAUAGCACCAUUAAGAUUUUUAAACAGUGUACACGUGCAAGUAGCCAGUGUGUUAUUAUUGCAGGUGAUCAUCUCCUAUCGGGAUCUCGAGAUCAUACAAUUAAAAUGUGGGAAGUGACAUCAGGGUAUUGUGUACGAACGUUUUUGGGCCAUCAUGAGUGGAUUCGUAUGGUUCGAGUUUAUCAUGAUGGCAGUAUGUUCGCAUCUUGUAGUAACGACCAUAGUAUUCGAAUUUGGAAUACAUCAUCAAAGGAAUGUAAAUUAACACUCACGGAACACGAUCAUGUUGUUGAGUGUAUUGCUUGGGCACCUGAUAAAGCCCUAUCAGCUAUUAAGGAGGCUGAUGAAUCACAUCUGAAUGGUAAAAUGAAUGGUGACAUAAAGAUGAGUGAUGGAAUACUGUCAGCGAAAAUCGGUCCAGUUCUAAUCUCUGGAUCACGCGAUCGAACCAUUAAAUUCUUCGAUGUUAAUGUUGGAAUUUGUUUAUUCACACUUGUUGGUCACGAUAAUUGGGUUCGUGGAUUGCGUUUUCAUCCGGGAGGUAAGUUUCUUCUGUCAGUUGGCGAUGAUAAAACGUUGAGAGUUUGGAUGAUCAGUCAAAAGCGAUGCUGCAAAACGAUCGAUGCACACUCUCAUUUUGUUACUUCUGUUGAUUUUCACCAAACAUUACCAUACGUAGUAACAUCGAGUGUUGAUAUGAGUGUAAAAGUAUGGGAAUGUCGUUGA